AGCAAUAGUUCCGCACGGUGUGUCCGCACGGAGCGCAUAGCAGGUUGCGCGUGUUGACGCGGACCGCGCUCAUGUGUUCCGGCUGGUCAGAUUAUAAUCCGAUGUCGUGAUGAUAGAUUAUAGAUUAAAGGUGUAAAGGCGGGUUUGAGGGUCAGGAUGUGGCAGCAGCUCCGCAGGGUGCGGAGGAGCCGGACAGCGCGCUACGGCCUGCCGAUGUUGCUGCUGGUCGUGGGCGGCUCUUUCGGACUCAGAGAGUUCACACAGAUUCGGUACGACGCUCAGAAGGUCAAGAGAAAGCUGGAUCCUGCACUGGAGGCCAGAGUGAACUCUCAAAAACAGCCUGUGAUUCUGGAAGAGGAGUAUGAGAAGCUGAAGGAGUUGGAUCUGGAUGGAUGGAGGAAUAUUCGGGGGCCGCGGCCGUGGGAGGACUCGAAGGAGUUUCAGAAUCAGCAGCGUGAGCAGUUCAGUAAAGGGCAGUAGAGAGAGUGACCACAUGGACUGGUCACUCAGCCUGGACACGACUAGUGUGUGUGUGUGUGUGUGUGUGUGUACAUUCUGGACUGUGUACGUUUCAGAUCAGCCAGAAUAACAGAGGUUUAAUCCUGUAAUAAUUGUGUCCAGGGAUGAACCGAAAUGAAUGUUCGGCUGAAAAACGACAUCAAAGACUAAAAACACUUUACAUAAAACAACCUUAAUAAAAUGAUUACGCUGCGUGGCCAAUGUUCCUCUGAAAUCCAGCGUCCACCAGCGCCGAGAGCAGCUGGUCAACACGCUGAGCUCCACUGCUGUUAGUGAUUCUCUGCUAGGGCUGGAUGACCUCACGAUAUGCACUAUAUUUCCAAAAGUAUUCGCUCCUCUAGUCCUGUUUGCCUGGAUUUAGUGACAUAUUGAAUAAAAAUCACGGUGUUCAGUUUG